AUGAACAGCAAAUCAGGGCCACCUUCACCGUCCCAACAGUGUUACAUCUGUCGCAAACGGAGAAUACGCUGCGAUUCUACAAAGCCGUCCUGCAAAAAAUGCGUCUCCAAAGGCGUUGAAUGUCCUGGAUAUUCUAGCCAGAGGCCCCUGGUGUGGCUGCAAGAUGGCGGCAACCAAAACCAAUACCUUGGAGAGCAGAAUGUCAACCCUUCUGAACGGAAGAAGAGGAAGAAAGGAAGGCCCAAAAUGCUUGUUGCGACCGAUGAACCGGAUACAGUAAGCCACGGUUCCGACUCACAAAGCCUUUCUGUCUCGCAGUCCGGAGAUACGGGAGGGAGAAGUCAUUCGGCUUCUAACACGGUUGGUCUCUCAGCGUCAGAAGGCAUGGACGCUAUUGCCCCGGGUAUGAAGUUUUUUUUCCCUCCAAAUAUAAGCCUGAUUGUGCGCAGCCUGUGGUAUUUCGACAACUUUAUGUACCCCGACCUGGACCCCAUUAUAUAUCGGCCUUGCGUACAUGCAAUGGACCCAACGAGCUGGCAAGACGGCCCGACCAAUCUCUUUUGGAAUAUACUUAUCGCGGUUGUGGCUACCCACAAAGCUGUGAGCUCGCAACCCACGGACCAGAUAGAAUUUAGCAAAGAAAUCUAUCAGUACAAAGAUCGGACUUUCAAAAUCCUGGCGAAGGACAUGACAGAUCCCAGGACUCGACUAGGCGACGUGACCUUGAUAUCUGUCCUGUCUCUUUUCAUGGCUGAGAUGCAGCGGUCGGCCAUGGGUGAAUGGUGGACCCAUUGCGAAGGCGCCAGGAGGAUAAUCGAUCUCCGUGGUGGUCUCAGAUCUGUUUACAUGCAGAAUCCAGGUCUAAGAAGCAGCCUGGCUUACUUCAUGCUGUUAGUUAACCCACCUCCCACCCCCUCCCCCGUAUAG